AUGUUUUAUUCAAUCAUAUUCGGAUUUAUUAUUUUAUCAAUAAUCGUUACAGCUGAUCCCGGUUCAUUAGUUAAUACAGGUUCUUAUGCAGCACAACCACCACCACCACCAUAUAAUUAUUAUGAAUAUCGAUCUCAACAACAACAACCAAUACCAUCAUCGGAUGCAGGUAAACGAAGUCAAAAUAGCAAUGAUUAUCCCGAUCAACAAUAUCCAUCAUCUUCAUUAGCAGUAACAUAUGGCAAUAUAGCAGGUAAAAAAUCAUCAGCAAAUCAAUGCAAAUUACAUAUUAAUUGUCCAAAUGCUCGGAGUCGUGUUACACUUGAUAUUCAAGGACCUGCUGGACCACCCGGUCCACCAGGUAAACAAGGCAUGCAAGGUCCAAGUGGUCCUCCAGGUCUACCCGGACCACCAGGUCGUGAUGGUUAUUCAAAUUUAAAAUCAGCUUUUUUUGUUGCAUUAAAUAAAUCAUAUUCGUUACAAGAUACAGCUGCUAUUAUCAUAUGGGAUGAUGUUAUAUUAAAUAAAAAUAAUAAUCUCAAUAAUAAUACUGGUAUUUAUUAUGCACCUAUUAAUGGUUUAUAUGAAUUUAGUUUAACUGUUUGUGUACCAGCUAAUCAUAUUGCAUCAGUAUCUUUAUGUAAAAAUACUGAAAAUGUUGUACCAUUAUGGGUUGAAGGUUAUUUAACAGCUGUGAAAAACCAAAAAGUACCUAUUUGGAAUACAGCAUCAACAACAGUUGUUUUAUAUUUAAAUAAAGGUGAUCGAAUAUAUAUACGUGCACAAUCACGUGAAGAUGGAGAUUAUUAUUUUAAAACAUCAUUAUAUGGUUGGAGAUAUUCAACAUUUGGUGGAUUUUUGAUACAUGAAGACAAUUAA